ACUUCGCACAUGGCUGAGAUGCAGACUUUUUACGCAGGAGGUGCCCUCGGCUUCCAAGGCUCGUUGUACUCCUCUAUGAAAAGGAGGAAACGUCGCGUAGGCUGUCACGUGAGGAUUUGUAAACGAAAGGGGACUCGACCUCUUGUGUACCACCGCACAGCACACGUGUAUGUGUCCCAGACUUUCACAACCUGCACAGCAACCUAGAGAGGGAAAGCCCUCCCUAGAGUUUGUAUGUGUGUGCACAGCACUCAUUCCUCAACCGAACCAAGACCCAGUUGUGCUCCUGUUUUGCCUCCCCCGGAGUUGGCGGGCCUCAGGGUAGACGCAUGCGCGCUGUCAAUCAGGGGCACCGGGCCGCGCUUGGCUACAGCUGAAGCCUCAUGGCUUCUCCGCCUGCGGCAACUGGCGAGCCGACACGCACUACACGCAUGCGCGACGCAGAGCCUGUAGCCCCAGCAUAGGUGGGUUUUUUUUUGUUUUUGUGUUUUAACCAAUCGUCAUCCGAGGCGCACGCAAGCGCAACAUCCCGCGCGUAGGAAAAUGGCGGGGAAGUUAGAGCCUUUGGCAAUGGAGCCGCCGGAAGUUGUGGAGGAGACCGAGGAGGCUGAAGGCCAGACCAAGCCUUUGAAGGUGCCUGAAGACUUGCUGGCAAUGGUGAAAAAGCUGCACAAAGAGGGAAGUCUGGAGCCACAGAUUGAAGACCUGAUUAACCGGAUUAAUGAGCUUCAGCAAGCAAAGAAGAAAUCCAGGGAGGAAAUGGUAGAGGCCCAAGCUCUCUGGGAGAGCCUGCACAGGGAACUGGACUCCUUGAAUGGAGAGAAAGUUCACCUAGAGGAGGUCUUGAGCAAAAAGCAAGAGGCACUGGGGAUCCUCCAGCUGCACUGCCAGAGGAAGGAAGGUGGAGCUCAGAGGAAGAACGUGUUGCAGGAGUGCACAGAGCAAAUUUCUGUCCAUAACUGUCAGGUUACAGAGAGUUACAGGCAGAGGAAGCUGGGGGUUCAGGUUGAAGAACAGCUGGAGAAUUUGAUGAGCCAGCACAAGGACCUCUGGGAAUUGCACAUGUUGAAGCAGCGAUUGACCUGGGAGAUACGUGCCCUGCAGAGCAGCCAGGAGCAGCUGCUCACUGAAGAGAAACUGGCCCGGGACAAGUUGCGGGAGGUGGAGCGGAGGCUGCGCUCGCCGCCCGAGGUCGGGGGCGCCCGGAUGGUGAACGACGGCCGGCGGAGGUGGAGAUACUCGAGGGGCAGGAGACUGCCCCAAACCGUUGCCCCCCAAAGGACGCGGCCUGCAAAGGAGAGGCCGGCCCCGAGCGCCCCAGCGCCCGCAGCGAGGACCUGGAGCCGCCCCCAGACCCAUAGGACCCGCCCCGCCCCCUCCCCCCACGCCCCUCCUUCGAAGGCGACCGGAAAUAAAGGCGCGGAUUUCGGACCGUCCUCCACCUCCAGCUUCAGUCUGUUCUCCAAUUCCUGUUUUACCAACAGGGGCUAAAGGGAACGUGUUAAACACCCAUAUAAGGUCCUGUAUGUCUCCUAGUAAAUCCCAGCCUCCCAACAGCCCCUGCAUCCCCCACAGACGCCACUGACCUCGGGCCCCUUCCCUGCCCCCCUCACCCGGGCAGUUCCAGCCAGCUGCUGCUGCACCCUCUCCAAGUACUUUUUCAUCUCAGGACCUUUGCCCUGCUGUGUCCUUACGUGGGGGGGGGGGGGGGGGGGCUUUCCCCAGG